AUGGCAUCCUCCAUCAUUCAUGGAGGUUUUACUAUCUUGAUGACUGUGUUUGGCAGGGCGUAUGGAGGGAAUGCUGCUUGCCAUGUUCUGUAUCUUCCGGAUAGGAAUACCCCGGUCGAUCGGGAUCUCUUCGAGAAACACAAGGAGUCAUUUAAUGGCUAUUUGGCUCACGUUGAGCCGUCUUCUGCAGCUGGUGCGGUGAGGGCUACAUGUCCCAAGAUAGAGUUCGAGAUGUUAGCCCCACCACAUCCCCAAACACAAUGGUUUACUAUUACCCCAAGCCCUCAUUACCCCGGCCAGCCCGGCUACACAGACCCCACCGACCAACAGUUGAUAAACUCCCUGGCGUACAUCACUGGGCGUAUCAAUCGGAUAGCCAACCGCAUACCUCUACAGUCUAUCUUCCUUAUUGGAGUUUAUAGUGGCGCCGCUAUUGCUAUACAGGCUGUGUGA